AUGAAACCUUGCUCUGAUGAUGUUCGUCAUAGGACGGACGAAAGAUUUGCACCUUUUCACCGAAAUCGAAGGAGAUUGCCUCGGAAACAGCGUCAGCAUGAAUCUUCCGGUAAAGCCAAUCGACAGCUGGUCAAGAGGAAUCCGCCGUUGUCUUCUGGUGGAACCGACCUUCGAAUCUCUUCACCCAACAUGUUCACUCGAAAUGGAAGUAAGCUCAAAAAAUACUAA